AUACAGAAUGUUCCACGACCUCACUAUAGAAGCAUCAUGACGCUAAUAGAAUUGUUCAUCACAGCUGAACAAUCAGACAUCAGAGCUGCAGAUUUCAGCCUCUUUGCACCUUUUAGAUGUGAUAUGAUUGUUUCCUCUGAUUAAGAAAAAAAAAACUUCAUUUGAUUCUGAAUAAUUCUUAAUCAGGGAUUCAUUUGUUGCACAGUAGAAAUAAGCGUGAAAGUAGUAAAGAGUGUGUGGCUGUGUCAUGCUGAGAAGAAGUUUCCGCCUGCAGGACAGAGGGUAUUAUACAGAGGAGGGAACUCCAUCUGUUUGCUACAGGGAGGUUGUGCACAGGAUCUUUCGGAAGAGGACCAGUUGUGGCCGUGUUCACCAUAAUGUGAACUCUAUAGAGCAUUACACUAGUGGCCGGACCACUGGAACACUGCCCACUCUUACAUCAGCUACUGGGACGCAGGCCAUUAGGAGAAACAUGGGUAUCAGAACAACGUCCAGCUUUUAUGCCUGCGGUUUCCUCGGCCUGCUCCUUCUGGCUUUUGGAAUCAUACACUACACACACAUGCACAUGGAAAUGAGAGACGUCCAGCAGAAGGUGCAGUCUCUCAGAAGGCAAAUGAACAUGUUUCUUCCUCUGGCAAACACAAUGCCAAACUUUGCCUUAGAAUCACAAGGUGCCAGAGUUUUACAUCAAUUAUCUUCGGACACAUAUUGGCCCCAAGAAGACAUCGGGAUUGUUUGGGAUCGAAUAUUCUGCUGGUGGUAUUCAUCCAAAGUGCAGAGACAAGUGAUCCAGGGACAUUCAUUACUACGUCCAGGAGAAUGCUGGCCCUUUUCAGGCGACCGAGGGCAUCUAUUCAUCUCCCUGUCCCACCCAGUCUCCAUCACUCACGUGACACUCAGCCACAUAACAAAAAGCCAGUCCCCCUAUGGCCACAUCGCAAGUGCACCGAGAGAAUUUUCUAUCUAUGGAAUGAGGACCACAGAUGAGGAAGGCACCUAUUUGGGAACACUAGUUUAUGAUCAAGACGGUGCAGCAGAUCAGACCUUUGAACUGCCUAAUCCAGACAAAGGAGUCUUCAGGUAUGUGAAGCUACAGAUUGAGAACAACUGGGGAAACAUAGACAACACCUGCCUCUACAGCUUCAAGGUUCACGGUAAACUCCCAUCUAACAGCACUGUUACUUAACUUGGAGAGAAGUCUACAGAAGGGAGGCGGGGGGGACCUCAUGUCAUGUUUCCAUUGUCCUCUUCUUCAUGAUAAGUAUAAUAAUAAAUGCACUCAUCUCCAUCUUGCAAAAGUA